AUGGAGGAGGUGGCGAGGAAACGGCCGAUAAUCUCUGCGAGAGAAAGAGGUCCAGGACCCGGACGCUACGCUCUGCCCUCUACGGUAGGAUACGUCAACCAUGACUUCACCAAGCCCAGCAGCCCUGCGUACUCCUUCCGCAGCCGCAUGAGCAGUGCCAUGGUCUCUGUGGACUCCAGUCCAGGACCGAGGUACUACAUUGGUGCCAAGCUUACCCGGUUUGGCCAGAUGGAGACGCCAUCCUACUCCUUUUCAGGUCGAGGGAGACGCGCUGGAAUAAAAGAACCGUUCCCAACUCCUGGACCGGGGGCCUACAGCCCAGAGAGGGCCCCACCUCUCAGCACCCAUCGCAGGUCUCCAGCCUUCACAAUCGGAGCCAGGACAAGAUACCGCUCUGUCGAUGCCGUACCAGCCCCCAACAGCUACAGUCUUCCUAACCUUCUGGGCUGUCACGUUCCCCACAAACCCUCCAGUGCCAGUUACAGCUUUUCAAGCCGGAGGAAAAUCGGAGCUCCAAAUGAAGACCUGGCAAUGACGCCUGGACCAGGACGGUACAGGAGCACCGACCCAGACAUCUACCGACAACGGCAACCCUCCUUCUCCAUGCAGAGCCGGACAAAGAGAUUAAGUUACCGCUCUGAUGUUCCCGGUCCAGGGACAUACAGUCCCGAGAGGAUUUACGGGCACCUCCCAAGACCCCCGUCCUUCACCAUGGGUGUGAGGCACUCUGAGUUUGUCAUGCCGCUUGUGGUGGAUGUUAUUGAUUGAAUACAGAUCACUUCAGAUAAGAUGUUAUUUUAUUUAUUUAUUUCUGUAACAAUGAAUGACUCAGCAAAUGUAAUCCAACAGUCCUGAAAAAAUACAAAAUACAAUACAAUAACAGUAAGAACUUAAAUUGAAAGGGUUGUAUCACAGAAUUUCUUAAUUAAAUUAAAUA